UCAGUGCUGUAAGAAUCCAAGAGCAAGCAAAGAGGAAAAGCACACGGAGCAGAGAACUUGCCAUGCACUGUGAAGAUAGUGGUAAUAGCGAUGAAGAUCCAGAUCCCUUUAAAGACCAACUGACUACCUCAGUGAUGGAGCUUUCUGUUCUGGAAAGGCUGGGCCUGCACAGGGCAGCUUUGACAGAGCAGGAUGUGGAGGCAGCCUUUGCCCAUCUGGCUCUGGCCUUCCGCUGUGACAUGUUCACACUGAGGCAGCGAGUGCAGAUAGAGGAACGGACUAGAGAUGCUGCAGAAGAGAAUAUUCAACAGGAGCUGGGGGAAUGCCAGGUGACGCUGCAGAAGCUGGGCCAGGUCUGUCUGGACUCCAAGUGCAUGGCUCUGGUUGAACAGUUGAAGGUUUGCAUGACUGUCUUAGCAAGUGCGAUCGAGCGGGCAACCGUUGCAGCAGAGAAACUAGGAGCAGUCCAUCAGGAGGCACGCAUGAGCUGGGCCACAGAAGUGAUGGUGCAGCAUGUGGAGAACCUGAAAAGACACCAUCAGAGGAAGCAUGCAGAGUUGGAGGAGAUGAAAAGGCUGAUCCAACAGAACUCCCAGAACCGGCAGCUGGCAGAAAUCAGGGACAGUGGUGAACAGAGAUUGAAACAUCUUCCAAUACGAACAUUUCAACAGGGAUCAGUUCGUCGGCGAAUCAGCAUUGCAGUUGUUCCCAAACAGGUGAUGCAGUUUCACAUUCCUCCAAGUGAGCGAGGCUCUGAGAGGGAAGCAGUCCAGACAACACCAGUGGCAGAGAAGAACCCAGAAAGACAAUUGCACUGCCUCCAGGAGAAUUCUGAUGAUAGUUACUUUAUCCUGCACAAAAUAUCUUCCAGUCCCUCACACCAGAGUCAUCAUGGGCCAAACAACAUUGAGUUUGGCAUGGAUGGAAACCACUGCACAGAGGGGAAGGAAACAGAAUUUCAGAAGAGAAGUACUGUUGGCAAGACUGAUAAGGAAGAGUCCAUUGCGGAAUCAGACAGUGAGGACCUUGGUGAAGAAAAUGAGGAAUUGGAGCAGAAUGCACUCAUGUCCAAAGGAUCUAAAAUGGAGCUUUGCAGAGCCUGGUUCUCUAUGCCCACAUACUACUGGAUUUUGUUUUGGCUGUUCUUUCUGGGAAUUGUUUGCCUUGUCCUGAUCCGAAUCAUAGAGAUACAGAAGCAACAUCCAUUUUCAUCCUCUAAUUUUUAGGUGCAGGAGGAACAGAAUGAACUGUGUUGGAACUUUGCACCGAGUCACAAAUGGUUUACAUAUCAGAAAUAAAAAUAGGAAAAGGAAGGUAUUGUUGUGUUAUCAGCCCUUUCCUGGAUUGGUGGACUAGCAUGAGAAGCUCUGGAGAACCCUACAAAUAGCCAUGGACAGUAUUGAAUUUAGAACUCUGUUCUUUGUUUCAACAGAAAUCCAAUGAAUAUCUAUGGUGAGCCUAAGAGAGUGCUUAAAAUUCUGCACAGAGAGAUAAUCAAGAUGUUUCUCCAGUCUUUUGGGUGUUAAAUACCCCCCAGUUAUUGCAAAAUGGCAAGUAUGUAGUAAUGAAAUGCUUGUCCAUACUGCAGCUUUACUUGGGUUGUAGGGUUUAUGUCUCCUUAUCAUGUCCUUUGUUAAAAAGGAUGUUCUUGAAAAUGUAGCUUUAUUGUGUAUUUUUUGGGUAGGAGUUUGUUGAUUUGCUGUCUUCAUUGGUGGAACCUUGAAAUGCUUUUUAAAUCAUGCAGAAUAUUUUAUGCAGUUACACAUUACUGCUUUGCUGUUGUAAUACAGUGAACUGUACAAACUCAUGCUGCAGAUUCUUCACCAGCACAGGAACUUGAGACAAGUGUAAAAAUGGUUACUUUUGUCACUAAGGGUAUGAUCCAUCUACACAUGUGGGAAUAAAUUCACUGAACACAAUAAAACAACUCUGAAUAAGUA